AUGAGCCCUGCCAAUUUCGCCGCAAUACUGAACCCCCCUGGCUUCCGCCGUCUUGAUAUUGCUAUGCUUGCUGACGGACAAGUCUAUUUAGAGAUCGACCGAUGCCGGCGACCCUUCCUAAAUGGACGGCUGCGCCGCGCACUCGACGAAGCUUAA